GGGAAAUAGAAAGUGAUUGUUUGAAGUGCUAAGUCAGUCCGUUUGGCAGAGCAAGAAGGAACAAAAGGAGUCAUGGCAUCUGCUUCUUACACGGAAGAUUUGACUUGUUCUAUUUGUCUGAUGAUCUUCACUGAUCCUGUAAUCCUCCUAUGUGGCCACUCUUUCUGCAGAGAAUGUGCUACUCUUUCUCUGAGUUCACAGCGCCAGUGUCCACAGUGUCGGGCUGCUGUUCCGAAAGAGGGAACAUGUCUUCUAACCAAUCACAAUUUGAAAAGUCUUGCUGAAAAAGAAGCAGAGAAGCUGCAGAAAGGACACGGAAAAGAUACAGAGGGUGCUGACUGGCUGUGCCCUGAACACGAGGAAAAGCUGAAACUGUUCUGCGUCACAGAUCAGCAGUUAGCUUGUAUCAUAUGCCGAGAUGGGGAGAGGCACGAAGGACACAAGUUUAAACCAAUCAAAGAAGCAGCUGCACCUGUGAGGAGAGAGUUGGAGACAUUUGUGCAACAUGUGUCUGAUGAUAUCUGUGCUUUAGAGAGUCUAGCCAGCACACAGAAGGAAGAAAUAACAAAAACCAAAACAAAGUCUCAACAGCUGAUGACCCAAAUCUGCAGACAGUUUGAGGAGAUGCACCAGUUUCUGAGAAAGAGAGAAGAUGAGAUCAAGAAUGACCUGAAACACAGAGAGGAGGAUGCUGUCGAGAAAAUGAGUGAGACAUUACAUACUAUGGAAACAGCUUUGUCUGAGAGCAGAGAGCUGGAGGGAAGGGUGACAUCAGCUCUGGAAAUUAAAGACCCUGAGAGGUUUUUAAAGUGCUGGAGUGAGGAGAACAACAGGAAGACUCCUGAACAUUUGUUCAGGCCCAGAGCAGACGAGCUCCAAGUGGUAAACACUACUCUCUGUUUGGGGCCUUAUGAAAGUCACCUUCAGUUCUUUGUGUGGAAGGAGAUGCUUCAGGUGAUCCAGCCCCGAGCAGAACUGCUGUCACUCAAAAGUGACAGCAGAAACAUCACAGUGUCUGAUGAUGGGAAGCAUUUAAUGUAUAGUCCUGAAAUCAUCCAGUCUUCACUGUCACUUUCUUUACGCUGUAAAUACUGUGGUCACAGUCCAACAAGGCCCCGUGAGGACACCUCAGAACGGUAUGCAUCUGCAUUUAGUUCCAGUGAGUUCACCUCAGGGCAGCAUUACUGGGAAAUAGAGGUUGGAAAAAAGGACUAUUGGAAAAUAGGGGUGAAAAAUAAUUACUUGAUCUAUAAUAAUCAAAAAUAUGUCACAUCUAAACAAAACAAAAAGUUAACAUUCACAGGCAGACCUCAAAAGAUUGGGAUUUACCUAAACUGCCAGUCAAAGGAGCUGUCUUUCUAUGAUGCAGAAAACAUGACACAUAUUCACACUAUGACAGAGGGCUGUAUGUCAGUGCCGGUGGCAGCGUAUUUUGAAUACAAAUUUAGUCGAGGAGCAGAUCAUUACCCCCUAAAAGUGUGCUGCUACUGAAGUCUGAGAUCAUGGGGCAACAGGAAAUCCCUCGGCUGCAGCAAAUCAAAGGCAUCACAGGCCUCAAUUAAAUACUUUAUUUUUAUCAUGACAUUAUGAGAAAAGCUUUUGAGUAAAGAUCCUAUGAAAUGUCUUAAAUUUGAAAUGUUAACAUAGGUGGAUUGCUUUUGAGUCAGAACAAAGACACCUCCCUCCCUCCCUCAGCUUCAGCUGAACAAAGAUGAUGUACUGCUGAGGAGGCUCAGAUUGUGACAGAGCUUUUGCAGAGGACUUUGCAGAUCAUCUGCAGACCAUCCUACUUAAAAUCUUCUCUUUUAUUUUAGGGACAAAUAACUUUGAGGAUCUUUAUUUGAAGUUCUUUGUGUUCAACAAGGCAAUUCAUCUUUGAAAUUGGAAUUUAAUAGUUUCGGUUUUCUUUUUUUUGCAUCUAACCUUUACAUUGGGAUUUUUAAAUACAAUUUUAAUCUCUCACAUUUACAUUGCAUUCUUUAUACUUUUGAGGACACUGUACUCUGCUUGCUAUGCUGAAUAAAACUAAGUAGAUCGUCUUGAUCUACUGAAAAGGCAA